AUGCUUCAGCUCACCGGACCAAGCAGUUGCAUAUCAUCUCCUCGAAAAAUAUUCUACGAUCUGUUUCGUGUCCUUGAAGCCAGCCGAGCAUUGCUGUAUAAUGAAGAAACAAUCCUCUCUCAGGAAUGCUGGCUCCGAUUUCAGAAAACUUUGUCGAGUGAAAAAUCUCAAUGGGACCCAAUGGAAGAGAUCAUAACUCUCAUGAUUCACACGUCAUGCUUCAGCCUCAGAGCCAACGACCUAGUUGAGAAGAUUCCUGAACCAGAACGCUUUACCAAUCCAUCGGUCGCUCUGCUCGCAGCUGAGGGACUCGUGGUUCAAGAUCAAAUUUACAACUGGCACUCAAAGACUUUACUUCAGCUGUUAAAGGAUGAUCCCGAUGAUUAUUUGAACUUAGCGUUGCUGUACUAUCACGCGCUUCUCAUCUUCCUCUCCGGCAACUUCGAUUAUUUCUCCUACUGGGACCAUAUCCCAGCCCCGAUUAUCGACCACUUGGAAGCGAUCCUAGACCGUUCAGAUGAUUUGUUACUUCAUUCCAAAAUUCCGGGCGUGAUGCUAUUUUUCCCAGUGACCGUUGCAGGAUCUCGAGUCCGAUUCGACAAUCAAAAGUCCAGAGUUCUGGAUCUGCUUGAUCGGGUAUUCUGUAAAGGAUUCGUGGUUGCGAACCGGGUACGAGAUGGUUUGCUUGUACGAUGGGCUGAGAGGGAUCGAAGAGAAAGAGAAUUCUGUUCUAUGGGAUAA